AUGGCCGAAGCUUGUCUGCAUCCAGGGGAGCCCCCCGCCCGUCUGUGGAUCCAAAGGCCUGGCAUCUAUGAGGACGAGUCGGGGAGGAACUGGGUGACCGUAGUCGUGAAGUUCAGUCCAUCGCAAAGAGAAUGGGCCAGGCUCUCAAGCUCCCAGGGCAGCGCCUCCCAGAGCAGCACAUAUGAACCCAGCAUCACAGUGCACUUGUGGCAGAUGGCAGUGCACCGCCAGGAUCCGCUGUCCCCCAGCCAGAUGCCCUUCUCCCGGCUGCCCCCCGUGUGGCAGCUCUACCCCGGGAACAAGUACCGAGCAUCGGAUUCCAGUUUCUGGGAAAUAGUGAACCACGGCCAGGCAAGUGUGUGGUGGUUCCAGGGGGAGAGCGACAGGUGGUGCCCUGGUGACUGCCAUGGCCCUCCCUCUUCUGCACCCCGGCCCCCUCAGGGUUCUUGUCUCUCCUCUUCCUUCCAGCAGGCUUGA